AUGCCACCAAGAAAGAAGCAGAAGGUCGAAGACCCCACUCCACCAACACCGCCGUACUCCAAGGCUGCUCCGCCCAAGCCACCAGCUGGCGUUGAUGUUCACAAGAUCAUCGUCGGUGUAGACUUCGGCACCACCUACACCGGUAUCAGCUGGGUCUCUAGCGAAGGCUUGAACGUGAAGAGUCUGGAUGAGGUGCACUGCAUCCGAGAUUGGCCUGGUCCGAAAGGGGACGCCGACUACUCCUGGAAGACACCAUCUCGUGUCGCGUACGGCUCCGAGAAUGACGGCGAUAUCAAUGUCUGGGGCUUCGAAGUCCUGCCCAAGAUGAAGAGCUACGCGUGGUUCAAGCUCCUCCUCGAUCCCGAGCAAGCCAGCAAGUUCGAUGACCCGGGUCUUAACACAAGUGAGGGCCAAGGUGUACUGGCCAAGCCAUCGUACAAGAGCGCCGUGGAGCUUUGUGCCGACUACCUGUGCGAGAUUGCCGCCUUUGCUCACAAGUACUUCGUCAAGCGCCCCUCGGCUGAAGUCCUGGCCGCCACACCUCUGGAGUUCUACUUCACCGUUCCAGCUGUCUGGAGCGAUAAGGCGAAGUCGGACACUCUGCGCGCAGCGCAAAAGGCAGCAAAGAUGGCGAAACUGAAAGUCCACCAUGACUCACAGCUGUUCCUCAUUCGUGAGCCAGAGGCAGCGGCCAUCGCCACCAUCUCAUCGCUGACCUUCGGAGGUUCCACGCAGCAAAUCAAGGCCGGAGAUAGCAUUCUGAUUUGUGACUGCGGUGGAGGUACAGUAGACGUCACCACUUACGAGAUCGAGUCUAUCACACCUAAGCUCAGCUUCAAGGGGCUUGUCGUUGGCACAGGUGGCAAAUGUGGCUCGACCUACAUCGAUCGCGGCUUCAUCAAAUGGAUGGAGCAGAAGUUCGGCGACGCCUACAUGAACUUGAGCUGGCAGAAGCGAGGACCAGCCAGUCGUUUGAUGAAGGAUUUCGAAGGCCACAAGCGCGACUUCGGCAAUUCCCAGGAUCCUGACAAGUACUACAAGAUGCAGUGCUUCAUGCGGGACGCCGAAGAUUCGAAGUACUACGAUGAUGACGGCGUCGUCCGCAUUUACAACGAGGACUUGCGCAAGCUGUUCGAUCCAGUGGUGGCUAUGAUCAUCGGCCUCAUCGAGAGCCAGCUCGAGGCAGAGAAGAGGCAGAAGAAGGGCAAGGUGACCAUCAAGACCAUCAUCCUUGUUGGUGGUUUCGGAGACUCAGUCUAUCUCAACGACAAGCUUCGCGAGUGGUGCCAAAAAGCCCAGAUCCGCCUUAUCUGCCCUGAGCAUCCUCAAGCUGCCAUCGUCCGUGGUGCAGCACUCAGCGGCCUGCAACAGAUUCAGCCAACUUCCCGUCGCGCUCGACGUCAUUAUGGAUUCUGUUUCUCAUUGCCGUUCGAUCGCGUUCGCCACCGGGCUCAGGACAAGUACAUCUUCGCCUGGGAUGGAAGCGCUCGUGCCGAUGGCAAUCUCUGUUGGGAGAUGGCGAAGGGCGACCUGAUCGACGAAGACACCAAGCUCACCUCGAGCUUCCAUUCCUUGGUGUACGAGGAUUCCCCCGGAAGUCACAGUUCGACAAUCUACAGCUGCGAUCUCGAUGAUCCUCCAGAUCACAUCCGCGUCCCGGGCGCAAAGAAAGUGGCUCAGAUGAAGAUGGACUUCAAGAGCCUCGAUCUGACUCAGUACCAGUCCAGAUGGCACAACGGACGCUUGCUCCGCAAAGUCGACGCCGAGUUCCAGAUCCACUUCGGAACUCGUCGUGGUGUGCUUGAGUUCUCCUGCGUGGCCGGAGGAAAGCAGAUUGACAACGCCACCGUGUCCUUCGAUGGCCAGGAUGGUGCUGGUGCUUCCUCCGGAGUUGGACACGGAUCUUCACCUAUCACGGUGGUCGCAUCCGGCGAUACCGAGAAGGGCACGUCUUCCGCACCGCACAAAGCUGCAGCUGCAUAG